AUGAUUAGUAUACUUAACUGGAACAUUAGGGGUAUGAAGUCCCAAGCUGGAACUGAAAGGCUGAAGUUUUUUAUCACUCAGUACAAUUUAUCCUUCAUUGCUUUGCAAGAACUAUUCAUCAAGGGGGAUAAGAUUGAAAUUUACAAAAAUAUACGUGGCAUACAAGAUUGUUUUGCCAACUUUAGUAACAAGAUUUGGAUUUUCUGGAAAGCUGGCUUUCAUUGUAACAUCUAUGCUAAUGAAGAUCAAAUGGUUACAUGCAAGAUCGCUAAUAUUAAUUCAGGGAAGAUUUUCUACAUCUCAAUUGUUUAUGCUAAAUCAAGAUCUGCUGGGAGAGAAGACUUAUGGAGAUUUAUGAGGAUCUUUGCCUCCACCAUUGACCAUCUUUGGUCAGUCAGUGGUGAUUUUAAUUGUAUCUUAAAUGAAGAAGAGAAAUAUGGAGGAAGACCAUACAGUUUGAACAAAAGCAUUCCCUUUAUUGAUUGUUUAAAUGACUGUGGACUAUCAGAUAUGGGAUUUACUGGAAAUGCAUUCACUUGGUGUAAUGAGAGAAAGGAACAAGAAAUCAUAUGGAAGAGAUUGGAUAGAGUUUUGGCUAAUGAGAAAUGGGAUGAAGAUAUUGGAAAUACUAUAGUUCAACAUUUGCCAAGACUUAGUUCUGAUUAUUGCCCCCUUCUUAUCAGAUUUUGUUUUGAAGAAAAAACUUUCAUCAGAUACUUUAAGUUUCUUAAUUUCUGGGCUGAUCACAAGGAUUUCGUUGAUAUUGUCAAGUCUAAUUGGAAAACUAAUACUAAUGGCAAUAUCUUUUGGAGAGUGUAA